UCAUCCCCGAACGAGAAAAAACCAGCUUCACUCUGUGCUCCUCCAAUGGCCAAGGCUAUUUUAACAACUCGUCCUUACAUCUUCUCAUCAGCUAAAACCAAUUUUUUCCUUAACUAUUUCCCACUCCUUUCCAACUCCAGAAAAUACACGUUCUUGGCAAUCAAAGACCAUCUGAACUCAAGCUUGUUUUCAUCUUCCAGCAUUAAUAAACCAGUCAACAAUGGUGUUGUUUCAGAAACCAGGUCUGGAAUUUUGGGUCACCGCAGGUUUUCCAUAAAGGCCACUCAUUUUAAUGAUCCCGACUCUUUUGACUCCCCUCUCAUGCAAUCUAUGGAGAAAAAGAUCAAGGAACAUUUAAAUGCAGAAUCAGUUACUGUAAAAGAUGCAUCUGGAGAUGGCCGACAUGUUUGCAUCAAUGUAGUCUCUUCAGCAUUCGAAGGACAAUCGGCUGUGAAUAGGCAGAGGAUGGUUUACAAAGCCAUAUGGGAGGAGCUGCAAAACACAGUGCAUGCAGUAGACCAGAUGACUACUCGAACCCCCAACAAAGCAGCAAGUCAGAAGUGAUAAAAAGCUUUUGCCAAUAUUUCCAACCCUAAAACCGAACUCCUAAUAAGUCUCCUUUUAUUCCCUGCUUUACGAAAAGGGUCUUCAUGCUACUAGCAGUUUGUAUUCUUCCUCUCCUUUGUACUCCAUUUACCUUGACAAUCAAAACUUGCUGUAGACCUGCAAAGCAUAAGACUAGAAAAAUGAAAGACCCGAAUUUACUUCA